AAUAAACCAGCGGUCAUUGAAGGCAGCACAGGUACGAAGUCCAAUGCCACAGUAAAGACAAUAAUCUGGGUACAAACGGAAAGUAGUCGUUUGGGUGUGAGAAAAGUUUCUUCUUGACUCCUCCUCCUGUCUCUCCAAGGUGAAUUUACCUCUUCGAGUUUCAACCUUCACCUAAGAGAAAGUGAGUCUCUCGGAACACUUGAAAACUAACUGACGAUUCGACAGGAACGUGAACACCCAAGUGCGAUGUCAGAGACAAGGGAAAAACCAGACCCAGACCAGAUUACCAGGUCUCCAACAGCCAAUGACAACUCGAAGAAGCCUCUGGGUUUGGUGCAGUCGUUCCGGAAGAGCUUCCGGAAAGGCUCAGAAAAGAGUGCACCCUCUCAGACGUCUCAGACGGAGGCAGCAGGAGGCCCCAGCACUGAAUCUGCAAGUUCUCCUGUAAAGGAGCAAAGGAGCAAAUCAAUGAAGCGUUCAAAGACAGAUCCAAACAUGACUACGUCCAGUGAAUUCUUCAAAAGUUCUCGUCGGAGCCUGAGAUUCAGCUCCAAAAAGGACAAGGACCACGACAAGGUAGCUAAAAAGGAGCUGCUCAUUUCUGAAGCAGCAGCAGCAGCAGCGGAGAAGAUAGUGAAGGAGCAGGAGAAGAAAGAAGAGGAGGAGUUGGCUGAGAUCGAUGAGCUGUACACGCUGCCAGAACUUCCUCACACACCUCUGUCAGUGAUGCAGAUUAGUAAACUGAUAGAAAUGGAGGUUCUGGAGGAGGCUCACCUCAACCUUCUUGCCAUGCGCCGGGAGUUCCAGCAACAACAGCAGUGUGGACAAGACUCGCCCAUAGAUCUGGCCAAGAAGGAAAAAGACCUCAACCUUCUUUAUAUGGAUCUCAGGAACAAGAUCAAUACCAUUGUUCGCGACUCCAACUCCAUGCCCUCCAGGAACAAGGGUCUCCUGGUCCCAGUGGCGCGCAUCAUCCAGGAGGAAGAAAAGCGCACGGAUGAACCAGGAGGACUUCCAGGAAGCUGGAUGGAAGCCUGGAGGGAGGCCGUGAGUGAGGGUGUGAGGGUGAAGGUGGAGAGCGUUCACCUGGAGCAGAACACCGCCGGCCUGAGUGUCCACCUGGGGCUGCUGGGUAAGGCGAUCGUGGACGACCUGGAGAGCGUGAAGAGGGAGCUGCGUUGGUCCUACCCUCCCAGCUUCAGGGUCUUCAGCACCUACGUGAAGGGCUACCACAGGACUGUGGGGCAGCACAUGAAGAAGCUGGAGCAGCAGGUGACAGAGCUGAAGGACAUGUAUGCCCUCCUGGACUGGAUCAUCAACAAAUACAGCAGUGAAAAGAUCAUGGGAAAUCUGUCCCUGCAGCCAGAGAUGGUUGAAGAGAGCACUGAGCUGGAGCUGGAGGAAAACGUCCUGCAGGAGCUGAAGGACAAAUACUGCAGCAGAGUCCAGGUGGACCUGAAGUUUUCACUGGACAGAAUUAUUCAACUUGAAAACGAAGAAGUUUGGAUGAAAAAAAAAGAACCAACAAAGUUUGGGGAAGACAAGGAUUCUCCAUUCCACGCUAUUUACAUGACAGUAGAUGGAAUAGUGAAAAACACUCAAGUACUUGAUAAAGACCUGGGAACGAGAGUCAUACCGUCCUGUCUCCAGGAACUGGAACAGUUUCCUUCAAGGUUCGAGUCAGAGUUUGUCAGCCGGUGCUCCUCCCUCAGACCUCAGCCUCUCUGGACUCACUACCACAUCUCCUACAUCAACUGCUUCAGUGCAUUACAGGAGCACAUGGAGGUCUACAACAGCCCGAGUCCGGCCGAGUCGGAAACCUUCAGAAAGGAAGUGAAACGGCUGAUGAGCAGACUGAUGCAGAGUCUCGAGGAUCAGUUCAAGGAGGACGUGAAGCCGUUCCUGAGACGGAUGAUGACCAGGAAGUGGCUCAGCAACAACGAUGACUUUGAUGAGCUCUACCAACGAACGACGACCUUGUAUGAGAACUGUACUCUCUUGACGCCUCAACACGCACAGGUCUUUGUCAGUCAUUUACACUUCCACGUGUUGAGGGAGUAUGUGGGUCAGCUGAUGAAGAACAAAUACUCCUGCAAGAACCGCAAACAUGAGAAGGCUGCAGCAAAGAUCCGAGAGCAGUGGGAGAAGCUGGUGGAUGUUUUCACUGACAUGACAUUGACUCAUGAGUGGAUGUUCACAGCUGGAGACGAUCUGAGUGACAUCAUCGGACAGAAGAACAAGGCUGACAUUAAGGAGCACCUUGAACCUGUGGUGAUGCAUUACCCUGACUUUAGCAGGAAACACCUGGUGGCGCUCCUGAAUUUCCGAGGACUCGUGCGAGGUCGGGAACAUCAGCUGAUCCUGCAGAGGUUUAAGGAGCUAAAGCAGAAAGUGGACUCAAGGAACGGCAGGGUCGACAGGAGCCGAAUGUUGUUCGGCGACAUGCAGGUCAACGUCAACACGGGCUUUCUGUCCAGCGCGCCUAUGUUCUGCUUCCACUUCCUGCUGCCUGACAGCUGAGAAUCCAGGACUGCUGUCCCACAACCUCCACACUGACUCCACACUGACACCAAAACACUGUGUGUGUGUUUGUGUGGUCCAGGUUGAACUGCCCGUGUGGGGAGAGGUUUGAGGUCUUAACUAGGACAGAGGGUUAGGGUUAGAAGUAGAACUGGCCCAAGGUUGGGGUUAGGGUUAGAAACAAGUAUUAGUUAUGGUUAUGGUAAAGGGUACUCACAACUAAUGAAAGCUGACACACACACACAAACACACACUACAUCUUUGUUACAUCAGGACUGGACUGGUCUUUAAACCAGGCCCGGGAGCAUUUAAAGAGGAGUCACAAACAAAGUCUGCAACAGAACGGAAACUGGAUCAGAGCCAAACUCAGAAGAUAAACAAAGAGGAACCAGAGAACCCAGCAGGUCCUCAAACAGUGUGGACUUUCAAUCACAUAAUGCUUCCCGAGACAGUCACGGGUCUAUAGUACUGCAAAAACACGUGUACUGUCUGAUGACCUGGUCAUUAAAUCCUCAUUUUAAAUAUAAGAGUGGAUGUUAAACAUAGGUCCAGGUUCACCAGCUUCCAGUUGUUUUUGUGAUUAUACAGCUCAUCCACAGCUGGACAACACUGGCUCUUCAGUUUCCAAUUAAUUUAGCAAAAAAAAAAAAAAAAAAAUCCAACACAGAGGCUUUAUUAAUUUAAAAUGUGUUGACAUUUUUCUAUGUGGUGUGUGCACAAAAUUACAGAGAAUGUGUUCUAUUUUUAUGACGCUCAGGUCCUCUAUAAUCAGUUGCUGUCCCUGAAACAGACGGUGAUUUUUUUUUCUUUUUACAGCUGCAAAACCUGAAUCUGCAGCUGCUGCUCUGACUUCUUCUAACUCUGCUCCCUUUUUAAACGUACGAGUCGGUACAUGUUCUCACAAGAUGGAGGUUGAAUGUGUGUGUACGUGGUGUAGCCUUUCCUGUUCAAUUUUGGCUUCACUGUGACGGCUGCCAUGGAGCUAAAUGACAGCUGCAGCUGCAGAAUACUUUCACUUUCUAUUUCAAUUCAAGUCUGUUGAUGCUGCUGCAGCUGCUGCUUCUACUGCAACAGAAAGCUCACAGUGGAACAGUGUUUCAUUGGCACGCAGCUCCUGAUGACACUGUGGAAUAAGAAGAUAGAAGAACUGUUUUCUAGGAUUUCCCUAAAAAAGGGAAACCAUUCUGUUUCUUCCCCUUUUCAGUUCCUCUGGUUGUUGAAAUAUAACAAAUGUCUUUAUGUAUGCAUGUAUAUAUUUAUAUCAUAUGAUCAUAUGUCAGCCACAUGACUCAAAUAAAUAUUUUCAUUCAAUAUGUAAAUAAUGUA